AUGAAAUUGAAGUUAGAAUGCAUUCCAGUAAAUGAUGUCACUGUUGGACCUACAGUUGAAACAAUUUCUAAAGGUCAGGUGGAGGCUGGCCCUGGACCAUGUCCUUUUGAAACAAGGCAUUUGUUUACUUCCUCUAAACUUAAUAAUACAAGUUUUCGAUGUGUUACUUACAAUAUACUGGCAGAUUUGUAUUGUGAUUCUGAUUUCACCAGAAAUGUCCUGCAUCCAUAUUGCCCACCAUAUGCUCUACAAAUAGACUAUAGAAAGCAACUUAUUAUGAAAGAACUCCAAGGCUAUAAUGCUGAUAUUAUUUGCCUACAAGAAGUAGACAAUAAAGUAUAUAUUAAUAACUUAAAGCCGUUUUUGGAAGUGGAAGGUCUUCAAGGAUUAUUUUACAAGAAAGGGAAAACUGUUGCCGAAGGAUUAGCCUGUUUUUACAGACAAGCAAGAUUUGAGAUGCUGAAAGAAGAAACAAUAUUAUUAGCUGAUGCCUUACAAUCUAAGCCAUGUUUGGAAGAUAUUUGGAAAGCCGUACAAGAAAACAAACUGUUAAAAGAUAGAAUUUUGGACCGUUCAACAGUAGCCAGUGCAACAAUAUUACAAUCAAAAGAUGACCCCAAUAAAAUACUUAUUGUUGGAAAUACUCAUUUAUACUUUCAUCCUGAUGCUGAUCAUAUAAGGCUGCUUCAAGGAGGAAUAGUUAUAUAUUGGCUAAGAGAAAUACGAAUCAAGUUGAUAAAAGAGUAUCCUGGAAAGUCUGUCAGCCUUAUUCUCUGUGGUGAUUUUAACAGUGUACCUUCAUGUGGCAUUUAUAGAUUGUAUACUACAGGAAUAGCACUGGAUGAUCUCCCUGACUGGAAAUCCAAGGCGGAAGAGGCCGUUUUAAAUUUGAGCCUAUUUCAAGAUAUGGAUCUUGGAAGCGCUGGUGGAACACCUAAAUUUACGAACUAUACAGCUGGUUUCGCAGGCUGUUUAGAUUAUAUAUUUUAUGACAAAAGUACACUUGUCGUUGAACAGGUAAUUCCAUUUCCUUCUCUAGAAGAAGUUCGAGUUCAUACAGCAUUACCAAGUAUAGUCUUUCCAUCCGAUCAUAUUGCUGUAAUCUCUGAUUUAAGAUUUACU